CCAGCAAUGGCUUUACUCCCGGUGGUGCUACUUCUCAUUGCUACGCUGCUUCCAUCUUUAUCUGCUGAUGGAAAGGAUCCAGCUUUUACUUCUUUGUUAACCACUCAAACCCAAGUGCAAACGGAGAUUGUAAACAAACACAAUGAACUAAGGAAAUCAGUCUCUCCCCCUGCCAGCAACAUGUUAAAAAUGGAAUGGAACAAAGAAGCAACAACAAAUGCCCAAAAGUGGGCAAAUAAGUGUACUUUACAGCACAGUGAUCAAGAAGAACGACAUACCACUACAAAAUGUGGCGAGAAUCUCUACAUGUCAAGUGACCCUGCUUCCUGGUCAACUGCAAUCCAAAGCUGGUAUGAUGAGAGCCGUGAUUUUACCUAUGGUGCAGGACCAAAGAAUCCUUUCACAAUUGUUGGACAUUAUACUCAGGUUGUUUGGUAUUCGUCCUUCCGCGUUGGAUGUGGAAUUGCCUACUGUCCCAAACAAGAGAGUCUAAAAUACUUCUAUGUUUGCCAGUACUGUCCUGCUGGUAAUAACAUGAGUAAAAAGAAUACCCCGUAUCAAAAAGGAAAACCUUGUGCCAGUUGUCCUAAUAACUGUGAAAAUGGACUAUGCACCAAUAGUUGUGAAUUUGAAGAUCUCCUUAGUAACUGUGAGUCCUUGAAGAGCACAGCUGGCUGUGAACAUGAACUGCUCAAGGAAAAGUGCAAGGCUACUUGCCAAUGUGAAAACAAAAUUUACUAA